GGGGCCAGGACAGGACGUGAACGCGCGCAGCGGCGGCAGCGGGCCGGGGCCAGCGGACGCGGCGCUCCCUGCGAAAGUCCGUACGCGGCGGCGGGCCCGGCGGGCCGCCCGGAGGAGGCAACUGCGCCAUGGACGAGCCGCCCUUCAGCGAAGCGGCCUUGGAGCAGGCGCUGGCCGAGCCGUGCGAGCUGGACGCGGCCCUGCUGACCGACAUCGAAGACAUGCUGCAGCUCAUCAACAACCAAGACAGCGACUUCCCUGGCCUGUUUGACCCACCCUAUGCUGGCGGCGGGGCAGGGAGCACAGGCCCUGCCAGUCCUGAUGCCAGCACCCCGGGCAGCUUAUCCCCAUCUCCUGCCACAAUGAGCUCCCCACUCGAAGGCUUCCUGGGGGGACCCAAGGCGACACCUCCACCCUUGUCCCCUCCCCAGCCUGCACCCACCUCCCUGAAGAUGUACCCCUCUGGGCCUGCCUUCUCCCCUGGGCCUGGUAUCAAGGAGGAGCCAGUGCCGCUGACUAUCCUGCAGCCUCCGACCCCGCAGCCCCUGCCGGGGUCCCUCCUGCCCCAGAGCUUCCCGGCCCCAGCUCCACCACAGUUCAGCUCUGCCCCUGUCUUGGGCUAUCCCAGCCCCACGGGAGGCUUCUCUGCAGGGACCCCUCCAGGGAGCACCCCGCAGCCGCUGCCUGGCCUGCCACUGGCUUCCCUGCCAGGGGUCCCGCCCGUCUCCUUGCACACCCAGGUCCAGAACGCGGCCCCCCAGCAGCUGUUGACGGCCACAGCCAACCCCACGGCAGCCCCUGGAACAACCACGGUGACCUCGCAGAUCCAGCAGGUCCCGGUCCUGCUGCAGCCACACUUCAUCAAGGCAGACUCGCUGCUCCUGACGACCAUGAAAACAGACAUGGCAGCCACUGUGAAGGCGGCGGGUAUCAGCUCCCUGGCCCCCGGCACUGCUGUGCAGACGGCGCCCUUGCAGACCCUGGUGAGUGGAGGAACCAUCCUAGCGACAGUGCCACUGGUAGUGGAUGCCGAGAAGCUGCCCAUCAACCGGCUGGCGGCUGGUGGCAAGGCACCGGGCUCUGCCCAGAGCCGUGGAGAGAAGCGCACGGCCCACAACGCCAUUGAGAAGCGCUACCGUUCCUCCAUCAACGACAAAAUCGUCGAGCUCAAGGACCUGGUAGUGGGCACUGAGGCGAAGCUGAAUAAGUCUGCCGUCUUGCGCAAGGCCAUCGACUACAUCCGCUUCCUACAACAGAGCAACCAGAAGCUCAAGCAAGAGAACCUGAGUCUCCGCUCUGCUGCCCACAAAAGCAAGUCUCUGAAGGAUCUGGUCUCAGCCUGUGGCAGCGGAGGAAAUACAGACGUGCCCAUGGAGGGCAUGAAGCCCGAGGUGGUAGACACACUGAGCCCGCCUCCCUCGGACGCUGGCUCGCCCUCUCAGAGCAGCCCAUUGUCCCUCGGAGGCAGGAGUAGUGGCAGUGGCGGCAGUGGCAGUGACUCGGAGCCCGACAGCCCAGUCUUUGAGGACAGCCAGGUGAAGCCCGAGCAGCUGCUGUCCCCGCGCAGUCGGGGCAUGCUGGACCGCUCCCGGCUGGCCCUGUGUGCACUCGUCUUCCUCUGCCUCUCCUGCAACCCCUUGGCCUCCCUGCUGGGAAGCUGGGGUCUCCAUAGCUCCUCAGAUGUCCGCAGCACCUACCACGGUCCUGGCCGCAACAUGCUGGGUGCUGAAAGCAGAGACAGCCCUGGCUGGGCCCCAUGGCUGCUGCCCCCACUGGUCUGGCUGACCAAUGGGCUGCUGGUGCUGGUGUUUCUGGCGCUUCUCUUUGUCUAUGGAGAACCAGUCACGCGGCCCCACUCGGACCCUGCCGUGCACUUCUGGAGGCAUCGCAAGCAGGCUGACCUGGACCUGGCCCGGGGGGACUUUGCCCAAGCUGCCCAGCAGUUGUGGCUGGCCCUGCGGGCCCUGGGCCGCCCGCUACCCACCUCCCACCUGGACCUGGCCUGCAGCCUGCUCUGGAGCCUUAUCCGCCACCUGCUGCAGCGCCUCUGGGUGGGCCGCUGGCUGGCUGGCCGCGCUGGGGGCCUGCACAGGGACUGUGCCCUGGAGGCGGACGCCCGCGCCAGCGCCCGGGACGCCGCGCUUGUCUACCACAAGCUGCACCAGCUGCACACCAUGGGGAAGUACACGGGCGGGCACCUCGCUGCUGCCAACCUGGCCCUGAGCGCCCUGAACCUGGCAGAAUGUGCAGGGGACGCCGUGUCCGUGGCCACGCUGGCCGAGAUAUAUGUGGCCGCCGCGCUGAGGGUCAAGACCAGUCUCCCACGGGCCUUGCAUUUUCUGACACGCUUCUUCCUGAGUAGUGCCCGCCAGGCCUGCCUGGCACAGAGCGGCUCGGUGCCUCUUGCCAUGCAGUGGCUGUGCCACCCCGUGGGCCACCGUUUCUUCGUGGACGGGGACUGGGCCGUGUGCAGCACCCCGAGGGAGAGCCUGUACAGCUUGGCCGGCAACCCAGUGGACCCAUUGGCCCGGGUGACUCAGCUGUUCCGCGAGCAUCUCCUGGAGCGAGCACUGAAUUGUGUUGUUCAGCCCAGUCCCAGCCCUGGAUCAGCUGAUGGAGACAGGGAGUUCUCCGAUGCCCUGGGGUACCUCCAGCUGCUCAACAGCUGUUCUGAUGCCGCUGGGGCUCCGGCCUGCAGCUUCUCCAUCAGCUCCAGCAUGGCCACUGCCACCGGUGAGCCCCCAGACUCCCCGGGACCCCCGCCUCGGGCCCAGCUCCGCACUAGCUCAGCCUCAGCUGCAGUGUGGCUCAGCUUCAGGGAGCCCCACCCCCCACCCCUGCUCCCUGCAGGCACAGACCCUGUGGCCAAGUGGUGGGCCUCCCUGACAGCUGUGGUGACCCACUGGCUGCGACGCGAUGAGGAGGCAGCCGAGCGGCUAUACCCGGUGGUGGAGCACCUGCCCCGUGCCCUGCAGGAGUCUGAGAGACCCCUGCCCAGGGCAGCUCUGCACUCCUUCAAGGCUGCCCGGGCUGUGCUGGGCCGCGGGAAAGCAGAAUCUGGCCCAGCUAGCCUGGCCAUCUGUGAGAAGGCCAGUGGGUACCUGCAGGACAGCCUGGCCACCACCCCAGCUGGCAGCUCCAUCGACAAGGCCAUGCAACUGUUCCUGUGUGACUUGCUCCUGGUGGCACGAACUAGCCUGUGGCGGCGCCAGCAGCCGCCUGCUCCCACCCAGGCCUCACAGGGCCCGGGCCCUGGGGCCCAGGCCUCCGCCCUCGAACUGCGUGGCUUCCAACGGGACCUGAGUGGCUUGAGGCGUCUGGCACAAAGUUUCCGGCCUGCCAUGCGGAGGGUGUUCCUGCAUGAGGCCACAGCCCGGCUGAUGGCGGGGGCCAGCCCCACGAGGACACACCAGCUCCUGGACCGCAGUCUGCGGAGGAGGGCAGGACCCUGUGGUAAAGGUGCAGGGGCGGAGCUGGAACCGAGACCCACGCGGCGGGAGCACGCUGAGGCUCUACUGCUGGCCUCCUGCUACUUGCCUCCCGGCUUCCUGUCGGCGCCGGGGCAGCGCGUGGGCAUGCUGGCCGAGGCGGCGCGGACGCUCGAGAAGCUCGGCGAUCGCCGCCUGCUGCACGACUGCCAGCAAAUGCUCAUGCGCCUGGGCGGCGGGACCACUGUCACCUCCAGCUAGAUCCCUGUCGGCGGCCCCGGUGGGGCUUGUGUGCCAGGCCGGAGCCUCGACGGCCAAAGGCAGCGCUGGAGACCCCAGGUGUCCACGGUCCACCCAUGUACUGCACUGUCUCCUGGGCGGAUGGGAGGUACUCAGGGGCUUUUGCUGCCUCUUGACCUGGGAGGCCGGAGGGGGCGCGACCCUACCACCCCCACCCCACCCCCCACUGCAGCCCAACCCGAUGGGCCACGGCCAGCGUGGUGCUGACCUCUGGUGGCCAAUCGGGGGAUUGCAGGGGGCGGGCCGGCCGCUGUGACCUUGCUCUGCAAAAGCCCCAGUGGCUUUUCCCUCUCCUGUGUCGCAGAGGAGUACAUUUCACUGAGCUGAGGGGGGCCUACUUGGCUUUCCCAGCCAGCUAAGGCGGUCCUACUCCAAGAGAAUAUGUACAUAGUGUAGAUCAGGGCGCACCAGCCUCCUGGCCUCUGAGGCUCAAGUGUUACUUUGCCUUUUGCAAACUUUAUUUUCAUAGGUUGAGAAGUUUUGUACAGAGAAUAAAAGAUGAAAUUAUUUAUAA